AUGACGAAGGCUAUCUCUAUUAUCGCACAGUCCAAUGAUGGGCGUCAUGCGCGUUUCGUUUUGGCCGGAACUGGAGCGUCAGGGCUGAAGCAGCCGACGUUGCCGAUGGACCCAGAGCAUCGGCCCUUUGUUGUGUGUGAGGCAGAGUGGGCCUCAGACAAGGACUGUGGCACGAGAAUAGGUGGUGAGGAGCAGCCAACGCCUGGUGCCGCCUGUGCCACGGCCACGCCGAAGGGAAGUGGAGAUGAUAGAUUGGCAUUGGCACUCUACCCCACGCUGGGUGCGGCGCAGGAGAUGAGGAACAGGCUAGCGACCUGCCUUAUUGGGACUAGUGAAGCACCCUCAAACAUCAGCCUGCCCAGCAAAGGACCAGCCGCUCGCGCAGGGCAGUGGAUCAAAGACGCCCUGAGCAUCCGCACGCGCUCUCUUACUGCCACUCGUGCCCACUACACCCACUACACCCUCGACGACAGCGACGACAGCAACGACAGCAACGACAACCGCUGCCACGCAAACGCUGCCGGGUGUAUCUAUAGACACUUGUACAUAGACGCGGGCGCUUGA